AACAGAUACAAUUUCCAGUUGAAACCACACAAUCCUGAACACAAACCACCUGGUCCUAAAGAUAUUGUUUACCUGGAACAGUCACCGAGUUUUUGCGAGAAAAAUUUGCGCUUGGGCAUCCAAGGAACGCAUGGACGUCAAUGCAAUGAUACAUCUAUCGGCGUUGAUGGGUGUGAUUUGAUGUGUUGCGGUAGGGGUUAUCGUACGCAAGAAGUCGUCGUCGUUGAACGCUGUGCAUGCACGUUUCACUGGUGCUGUGAAGUCAAGUGUAAAUUAUGUCGAACGAAAAAGACAAUACACACAUGCCUUUAGAUGCAUUCUUAGUUAUAUGCAUGUUCCUAUUACCCCAAUAACUUCUACAAGCUCAAUAAGCCUACAAGUUUUUAAUGGGAAUAUACAUAUUUAUACAAUAAAUAAAAUGCUUGCAGAGUCUGCCACAAAUCAUCAUCAAGGAAUAUAUACAUAAAUACAUAGAUACAUAUGUAAAAAUAUCAAAUCAUAUGUAACAAGGUUUUGAACAGGAAAACGAUCAAGCGAAAUUUGAAUAUUAAGCAAAGCUGAAUUAAAAGUUGGAGAUCGAAGAUAUGCUGGCGCCUUGCCGCUUGUUAUACGCUAUUUAUUUAUUUAUUUUUAUGCAAUUUUGCUAUAAAGUUUAUCCGUCAUAUGAAAUAGUAGUACAUAAUAUUUAGCUGUCAAGAAAGUGAGUAUGCUUAAGUUGUUGCAUCAGUAUUUUAGUGGUGAAGCUAAUAUACAUAUAUAUAUGUAUAUGUAUAAAUGAUAUGUAUAUGUAUGUAUGUAUAAACAUACAUCCCAUUCAUGGAUAACAUCCCAGUAGAAAUCGGUUGUAUGCAUUCAUGAAGUAUGCAUGCUGUAUGAGUGAAUAGUGUGAACAAUUCAUGCGUAGUCAUGUAAAUUCAAAUUCUAGCGAAUUGCAAGGGAACGCAUGUUGUUGUUGUUUUAAGAACACUUCUUGAUAAAUUUGAACUGGAAUUUUUGUAACAUUUUCAGUCUAGUAAAAAAUUUUAGUGAACGGACGUGUUGUGCGAUAAUAUUUUCAGCUCUAGCGGGCUUUUACAAGAUAUGCAUUUGCAUAUGUAAAUGAUGCUUUUUUGUAUAUCCCCGUAUAUUAAAAUAUAUCAGAAAAGUAACAUUAACAUAUGGAGAUACAUAUGUAUCUUGUAGGAAUGCUUUAAUACUGUUCCAUUAAUGCAGUUUUGUAUGUUUGAAACAUUA